CCCGCAGGUUAUAAGCCGUGGAGAAAGCGCGCCGCCGUCAGUUGCGCGCGUUCCCGCCAAUCGAAACGUCAAACGCGCAAUUUUUAAACGUGCGGUGUGGUAACGGAACGUAUUUGUGCAAAAAUGGACACGAGGUGGCAGUUCCUACUAGGCCUGCUGUUGCUUGGCGCAGCGUUCGCGGCAGAAGCCGAGGAGGACGAUGAUGUGCCCGACGCGGGAGUCGAAGGAGACGACUCCUUGGCGCUCAACCAAGAGGAAACCCGCAACCUUAGGCCGCGCGCGUACAGCCCGACCGCGUACCCCAACACGCUGCCAGCCGGCUUCCGACCCACGCCGUCGCUGGCCGAGCUGGCGGGCUACCAGCAGCGGCAGCAGGCGCAGGACCAGCAGCCGGAGCCCUACUUGGUGCAAGCCAGGCCGACGCCACAGCAGGUCUACUUGGAAGAGCAAAGGCAACCUGCUAGAGGACCACCGCUUAGAAAGCCACAAGAACAACGCCAACUGCCUUCAAAACUCCAGCAACAGCAGCUGCAAGAAGUAGAAGAAGAGCUUGAGGAGGAGAAGGAGGAACCCGACCGUCUAUCUCAACUCCUGCAGCAGUCGAAGUUCGACUGCGUCGGCAAGCAGACCGGCUAUUACGCGGACCAGGAGCUGAACUGCGAGGUGUUCCACUAUUGUCAGGACAGCGUGAAGCACUCUUGGAUCUGCCCAGAUGGCUUCACUUUCCACCAGGUCCAUUUGAUCUGCAUGCCGCCGACGCACGAUAACAUCUGCCAGAAGUCAGCCAAAUACCACUUCGUUAACGAGUACCUGUACCGGCCCAUCAACGAGGAGGAGGUCCAGAGGAAACCCAACGUGUCUCUGAAGUACUCCGACAGGUUCUACCCAGCUGAGGUCUACAGGGACGACAGAUACGACCAGGAAGAAGAGGAAGAGGAGGAGCCCCCCCGCCGGCCGGCGCCGCAGCCGCAGCAGUCGCGGCCGUCCCCGCGGCCGCAGGCGCAGGUGUUUCACUCCGCGGAGGAAGUCAACAUCCCCCUAGGACAGAGGCGCCCCCAACGUCCAUACGACUUUGACUUCUAAACUCAUCGCGCAUUAGGAAACAAAUUGAAAACGAGAACAUUGCCAUCUCUUUUAUUAUGACACCAAAUACAUUGUAAUGGUGUGCUACGAUAAAAUAUUGAUACUCAUACGAACUUCAACACCGUUUUAUACGUUAAUAAGUGUGUUCAGUUUGUAAUCUCAUUUAUUUUGGAAUUUUAUACAAUGAUGUAAUAAAAUAAUAUGAGUUUUCGUUUGGUGUUAAACUUAACUGUUCUCAGUGAUCGUUUGUAGUUAAGUAUUUUAAGUUAUAUAUAAAACUUAUUUAUGUUUGUACAAUUAAACAUUUGUUUACUAAGUUACAAAUUAGUUCUAAGCUAGUCUUUGUGUUAGGACUAAGUAAGAAAUAAACUUUUGAAUAAAAAUA